CACGCGCUUCAGUCACUCAGAUAUUGAACAAGAUGGCGGAUCUUUCUCUGGACGAACUGAUACGCCGACGAGGUUUAAACAUUAGAGGGACCAACACCAGGCCUGGGUUUCGUAGGGGCGGUGGAGUCCCGGGAAGGACGUUUGAUGCACGGCAGAAGAUUGGACCGGACGUCAGACAGAGACUCGGUGGUGGAGGAGCCUUCCCGUUAAAAGAUGCCAGAGAGAAACUUGGCCAGAAAGACGCCCGUUUUCGAAUUCGAGGAGGUGGGGUUGGAGGAGGUGUCCAGGAUGCCAGGCAGAUGAUCAACUCACGCAAACAACAACAAGGACACAAACCGCUACAGGGCACCCCACAGUCACAAACACACAGCCCCACACAGGUGCACUUCCAGACGCAAAUGCAGCAGAUACAAAUACACAGUAACACCGGCAGCACAAAUGCAGGUGUCUCCUUUUCUAAGGCCAAUUCAACCCCAUUCUCAUCACACCUUCAGCAAGUGGUGGGGUCUCAGAAAGUUAUCGACGCACGUGAUAGGCUCAGCCUCAAGAGAAGCAUUGGAGCCACAACCACUCUGGGGUCAGCAACACCUCUAAAGAUCACCAAGACAAUUCAGCAAAAGCCAGUGGGAAUGACCAGCGGGGUCCGCAUGAGUGUUCCCGCCAGGACUGCCCAGUCCCUGCCAGGUGAGGAUGACUCCUCCAUCCUCAGUAAACAGAUGAAGAUCACUACUGCCAACAGUUUUCUGCACACGCAGCCUGGCGCGUUCUCCGGCCCGAUCACAAAAGUGGUCCAGAACGACAGUUACACGGCCCCGCCGCCUCUGCCGUCCCCCGUGGUCCCCAGGCCCCGGCCCGGCCCCGGCCCCGUGGCCCAGCGUCCCAGCCCGGCCCCCCUGCAGCCUGUGUGUCGGACUGUGGCGGGGAACCAGGCGCCGCUCGCCGGGACGGGCGGAGUGGCCAGCCCUCCGCUCGCUGCUCCACAGCCCGUUUUCAGUCCACUGGAGGGGACGAAGAUGACGGUGAACAACCUUCAUCCUCGCGUCAGUGAGGAAGACAUUGUGGAGCUGUUCUGUGUGUGCGGUGCCUUGAAGCGAGCGCGGCUCCUUAAGGUGGGCGUGGCCGAGGUGGUGUUCGUCAGGAAGGAAGAUGCUGUAACAGCCUACAGGAAGUACAAUAACCGCUGUCUGGAUGGCCAACCCAUGAAGUGCAAUCUUCACAUACAAGGGAAUGUCAUCACCUCGGACCAGCCCAUUCUACUGCGUCUGAGUGACUCCCCAGGUGGAGGAGGUGGGGGGAGGAAAGAUGGCCUCCCACCCUCCCUGUCCCGCCCUGGCGGUCGCCCUGCUUCCUCCCUGCCAACGCCGGAAGUGGACCCCCAGACCAUUCUGAAAGCACUGUUUAAAUCUUCCCCUCAGACCCCCUCCGCCACCGAGUCCCCCAACUCGCAGGCAACCGCUUUCCGCAUCAAGAUUUAACAGCGCGCGCGCGCACACACACACACACACACACACACACACACACACACACACACACACACACACACACACACUCACUCGCAUGCGUCCAACAUACACAAGUGUGACACACACACACACGGAAUUGCGCACGUCCAUCAAAUAUAACAAUGCAACCAUAAUACUGAUGUGCACAAAUCCUCAUAGCUUACAUGCACACACACACACACACACACACACACACUCUCUUAUACAAUGAUCAAUAAUAAACACACACACACACACACUUCCAAUGUCCAUUUCACCUAUGAUAUGCAUAGAUUAGCUGGAACGGUUUUGAGCUACACAGACAUACAGCGAGGCUGAAAACUGUACUACACUGCAGCCUGGGGUGAACCUGACACAGCACAGGGCUGAAGUAUUUCAUUCAUCCACACCUCACUAUUCAGCCUGCAAGUGUCCCAUACAUUUGUGGUCAUAAGAAUAGUACAGAGUAUGCUCCUGAGUGUUUGAGUAGUUCAACAGAAGGGUCAGUGUUGUUAGUCUUCAAAAGAAAAAUGAAAUAAGUUUAUAACUGAAAAUUGUAGUGGUGUCUCAGCACCACUCAACAGAAUUUUCCCUCUGCAUUGAUACCCUGGUGAGAAGCUAAAGCCCUCAGGCACACUGGUGUAGUCCAGACAGACAGAUGUGUAAAGAUACUUUGCAUACUGUAGAUACGCAAACGCAUGUUGAGUUUCUUAGAAAGGACCAAUUGCUCAUUUAAUGUCAAGAAUUUGUUUUUAGUAGACUCUAAAUGAUGUGCAUUAAUUAUAUUGACAUUUUAGUUUGUGGCUAAAGACUUUGUAUCACAUGAUUCAUUCAGCAUAUGUUCAAAUUGUUCACAUUGAACCCUAUCUUUUUGUGAAUCAUGUGAUAUUUAUUUGUUGUGCUCCCAGUAACGGGUGACAUUCGGCCCUGGUGAGUGUGUGUUGUACUCUGACCGUAAGAAAGAGCUUGGAAUACACUGUCAUAAUUUUAUACCAACAUGCUGAAAAAAGCAGUUUGGCAGAUCUAAGAAUUCCCCUCGAUCUGCUGUUUCUGUUAAUAUGGUUUGCCCCCCCACCCCCUCCAUUUCAUUCUGGUUGUUCUGUAGUUUUUGUGGCUGUUAUUUACUUUGCAGUCUGUGAACUGGAUGAUGACUUGCUUGUUUUUGAUUUAUUUUUUCUUAUUUCUUACAAGCAGUCUGUUAAAAGACUUGGUUGUUACAACAACGUCUUACACACCAAGUAGUGUGUUCAAAGCUCUGUACCUGUGAAACUUCUCCAAUAAAUAUGUUGCUUUAUAAAA